AUGCCACCUAAACCAACCACCAAUAUGCCAGGGACACCCAUCAAGAGAUUAAUGGAGUUAGCUAAGACUCUACAAUUUGCAUGGUUUGUUGGACAUGCAAUCACACUGUUUUCGUCGUUGCUAUGCUUAACGUCUUUUAGACCCCUUUUGUAUAGGUUAGCUUAUUUUGGUGUUUUAGAAUCUUUCGGUAUUAUCACCUACCAGCACUAUUUUAUCAAGUCUGGGCCAGCUGCAGGAACCAGUUCUGGUUCAGCUGCAAGGACUAUUACGCCAGCAUCGCUUCUUCAAAAUGGAGACGUCUUAUACUUUUUGAUGGCAAUCGUGUGGACGUUUACCCCACAGUUUACGCUUUCAUUAGUUCCCUAUAUGAUGUUUUCAGUGUUCCAUGUUUUGAUCUACGUGAAAAGCAUCCUCCUACCGGAGGUAUUCAAUUUGAAUGCAUCAAACAGCAAGAUGGUGUUGUUCAUUGACAACACCGUUCGUAGUUACAACGAGAGAUGUAUGUACUGGGUCGGAAGCGCAGAGUUGGGCAUCCUAGCUUGUUUGUUGCUGAGGGUGAUAUUCUGGUAUCCAAGAUCGCUGGUGCUAUUUGCAUCCUAUUCCACGUUCAUCAAGUUCAGAUUCGAGAACUCGAAGUACAUGAAGUCUGCAUUUGCGCAAUGGAGAGUCAGACUUGACGGCAUCAUGAGUCACCCAUCCAUCCCGAUUCCGCUCAAAAAGGCCUACAAUAAAUCCAAAAGUCUGUUGAUCCGGCUCUCCGAGUUCCGUCUCGCCAAGUCGCCUGUUCCUCCCCAGUCUGCGCACGCAUCUAAAGCUGAGUAA